AUGUCUCCUAUAGCAGAAAACCUCCGUUCAUAUUUCGGCUCGCACCAAGAGCAGCCUCCUCGGCCCAUUCUGACCUCCCUGAAUGGCGACGGCUCAUGGCUGAUGUCCUUUCCCUUGCCACCGGCAGAAUUACGGCAAGAGAACGGUGUCGGCAGGAAGAGAUUCUACCACGUCGUCGUCGACCCCUGGCUCCGAGGACCCGCCACGAUGGUCUCCCCCUGGCUCGUCUUCAUCGAGCGCACCGAGCCUGCGGCCGUGUCCGACGGGGCCGGGGUCGAGGCGGUGGUGCACGAGAUCGAGGAGCUAGCCGCGGCCGCCCGGGGUGAGGUUUUUGACGCAGACUCCGACGCGCAGUCGCAGCCGCCGUUAGUGGACGCCAUCUUCAUCAAGCUGCACUUGCUGGACCACCUGCACCAGCCGACCCUGGAGACAUUUGACAAGAGGAUUCCUGUGUUUGCUACAGCCCAGGCGGCGCCGACCAUCCACGGUUGGGGCCACUUUGACACAGUGGUCGAGACUCUUGACUACAAGAGGUAUAACGGGGACGGAAACUCGGACAAGAGCGAUUCAACCGCGGCAGGCGUGCCAACAGCCGACCGCGGGAGCCACUGGAAGACGUUCCACCCCGGAAAACCGCUGCCUGAGUGGCUGAGUGUCUUUAGGCUGGCGAGCGACUGGGAGGUGGAACUCGCCACAGCCCUCGUCUGGUCCCACGAGAGCCAACUCAACCGCCCAGAGAGCGGAACUGCAGGUGGGAGUGGGCGGAAUGAGUUCAUCAUCAACACCCCGCAUGGGGUAGAUGUCAACACCGAGUCCGUCGAGGCGUUCUUCGACGACAACGUCGGGAAGAACAGAAACACGGCCGAAGGGGCUGGGCAGCCUGAACGUGCCGACAGCAUGCAGUGCCUUGCCAUCCUCGCGGGCUUUAAGGACAGCUAUUCCUUCGGGAUGCGGCAGACCGUCGGGGUGGGAAGGAGCCUGCAGCUGGAGAGGAAGGCGGAGCCCAGGUACUGGGUGAGAAGCCAUGACCUGCCCCUGCGGUUCGGUGGCGCUGUGAUGCGCAUCCGGAUGACGAAAGAGGUCAUCAGGACCCUGGAAUAUGGGCUGGAAGAGGAGACGAAGGCGAGGCUGGAGGAAGGCCAGGUGGUUGGCUUGAGGAAACCGAAUCUGAUCAAAGUUGGGAACGGCAAGUGUUGUGCUGCGUUAACAAGAUAA